UCCACAGCCCCGGCCAGGACUUGGGGUUCCUCCAGAGCCCUGCUCCCACAUCCUGCUGGGCCACCAGCUGCCCUGGGGCGGUGUCCUCCAGGACACCAGGUAGGGGCUGGCAGGAUGGGUAGGCUGCUCCCUAGGCGCGAGUACCCUAGUUAGCCCCCAGGUCUGUUACACCCCACCCUUACGGAUGCAGGAGGGCUCGUCACGCAGCGCCCAGCACAGCCCCAGUGGGGAGCCAGCGGGCCACGCGGGUCUCAAGCCCAUGGCGCGGCCCCUUUAAAUGCAAAUCCACCGGCGGCCAUCGGGGGCAGCACUGAGCGGCCGGACGGCCUCCGCGCCGCUGCCUCGAAGCUUCUGCCGGUGCCGGGGACGCGGCGCGGAUGCGCCCGGGACGCGGUGGAGCGGGGGACGACGGGUGGGCCUGGGCCUGCGCAGCCCAUUGAGCUCCGCGGGAGAGCAGCGCCCAGGUGCUUCUGACGCCGGCAUGGAGCAAGUGCCUGUGGCCUCAGCCAAGGCCCAAAAUCAGGGCUGCUCUGCCCACUGCGCCCCAGGGCGAAAGCCCCACAAGGCCGAGUGAGCUGCAGCAGCCAUUCUGGGAACCUCUUUUAAGAUGACCCGCACGGACCCGCCAGACCUGUUGGUGUCGACCGUGUACCAGGACAUCAAAGUGGCGGCCCCAGGGCCCGCGUCCAGGCGCCCGCCAUAUGAGCGCCCCGUGGCCCGGCCUGCUGCGCCCGCGCCUUUCAACAAGCGCCACUGCCGCAGCUUCGACUUCCUGGAGGCGCUGGACGGGGCGGCCAUGGAGGCUCUCCCUGAGCCGCCGCCCACGGAGCCCCCGGGGCCCCGCGCCCGGCCCCGCGACGGCGAACCCCGGCGCCGCGCCCGCUCCAAGAGUGCGCCCCGCGCGCCCCCUGGCCUGGCGCCCGCGCCUGCCUCACCGCCAGUGCUGCCGCGCCGAGGCAGGGAGGCCCAACGAGCGGUGCGGGCUGAGGGGUCGCCGCGCCGCGAGCCGGCGUACCCCGCGCUGCGUGCGCUCGCCAACGAGCUGCACCCCAUCAAGCUGCAGCCGCAGCGGGGCGGCCCAGGUCGCAUCGCGCCCCUAUGCGCCGCCGCCGGCCGAUGCGCGCCUCCUGAGCCGCCCGCCGUGCCCGCCCCCCACGUCCGCUGCCGCCUGGAUAUCAAGCCUGACGAUGCGGUGCUGCAACACGCGGUCCGGGGCUCGCGGCCCUGCGGACCCGCCGAGACCACAUCCUGGGCCAGAGCCGCCCCGCAGCUUCACGGCCUCACAGUUCCCGGGCCUCGCCACAUGGCGCUGUCGCGCACCCCCACCCCCAGUGACUUGUACUGCGCGGACCCUCGAGCGCUGUAUUGCGACGGGCCCCUACCGGGGCCCCGGGACUACUCGGAGCGCCGAAGUCUGCCCUUCACCACCCCGCCGGGCCCCACCCAAUUCUUCUACACCGAGGAACCUGAGGGCCACCCCGGCGGCUUUACAGCCAGCCCCGGUCCUCACUUCAACAGCUACUACCCCAGGCCCUUCCCUUCCGGGGAGCACCCCGGCCCCAAUCCAAGGCACGGGGGCGGCUACUAUGCAGGGGAAGUGCGCACCUUCCCUGUCCAGGAACCUCCCUCCCGUUCCAACUAUGGGGAGGCACUCCGAGCCUACGGCCCACCCUGGGGCCCCCGUUAUCCUCCCGAGGAGCCCCAGGCCCACCCCGCCGCCAGGUCAUUUUAUACAGAGGACUUCGGAUGGUACCGCGACCGCGACACCGUGACGCGGACUUACCCACACCCACGUGGCAGCCAGGCCUGGGGCGACUGGGGCCCGCGGCCUUACCGCACCCUGCAGGUGGCGCCUCCCCCGGACCACGGCCCGUUGCUCGCCUCUUGGCACGGUGGCACCGGCACCGGUCCGCCCCGGCUGGCGACCGACAGCCGCCACUACUCGCGCUCCUGGGACAACAUCCUGGCGCCUGGGCCGCGCCGCGAGGAUCCCCUGGGCCGCGGCCGCAGCUACGAGAACCUGCUAGGGCGCGAGGCACGGGAGCCGCAAGGCGCCUCCCCGGAAGGCCGGCGCCCGCCCAUCGUCGUGAACCUGUCCACCUCGCCCAGACGCUACGCGGCACUGUCACUGUCUGAGACUUCGCUGUCGGAGAAGGGCCGCGCGGGCGAGGGCCCCGGUCGCAAUUGGUACGUGACGCCCGAGAUCACCAUCACCGACAAUGAUUUGCGCGCCGCCGAGCGCCCGACUGCCAGGGGCUGGGAGCUGCCUGGGGGCCGCCCCGGGCCGCCCCCGCGCGCUGCCCCCGACGGCCCCACCUCUGGCCGCCAGCGCAGUCUCGAGCAGCUGGACGAGCUCAUCACUGACCUGGUUAUCGACUCGAGGCCCCCGGCCGGUCAAAUCCCCGAACCGGCGGCCAACGGCCUGGGCCGCCAGCUUCGCCGCCUGCUGGAUUCUCGGCCUGCGGGCCCCGGGGUCCUCGCGCUGGCGCCGCGUUCACCACCCGCCUCUGCGGGCAGCGCGGAGGAGCCUACAGGCCCGGGGCAGGCGGCCGACGCAUCCCCGGAGCCCAGCGCGGAUGAGGACGACCUGAUGACGUGCUCCAACGCGCGCUGCCGGCGCACUGAGACCAUGUUCAAUGCCUGCCUAUACUUCAAGUCCUGCCACAGCUGCUACACCUACUAUUGCUCGCGGCUGUGUCGCCGCGAGGACUGGGACGCACACAAGGCACGCUGCGUGUAUGGCCGCGUGGGCAGCGUGUGCCGCCACGUACUGCAGUUCUGCCGCGACAGCGGCCCAGUGCACCGCGCCUUCUCUCGCAUCGCACGUGUCGGCUUCUUGUCGCGCGGCCGUGGUGUGCUCUUCCUGGGUUUCCCGAGCCCUGGUUCCGCAGACAACUUCCUGCGCUUCGGCCUCGAGGGACUGCUGCUGUCGCCCACCUACCUGUCGCUGCGUGAGCUGGCAACGCACGCGGCACCCCUGGGCAGCUACGCGCGUGAGCUGGCGGCAGCCGGGCGCCUCUACGAGCCGGCCGAGUGCUUCCUGCUCAGCGUGUCGGUGGCCGUAGGCCCCGGGGCCGCACCUCCCGGCGGCCUCGCCGGGCCCGCCCCGCGCAGCCCUGGGCCCACCGUGCGCAAGUUCGCCAAAGUGGCGCUGGCGGCGGGCAGCCCGGCACGGCCACCCCCGGCCCGGGGCCGCGAACCCGACAUGGAGACGUUGAUCCUGACACCGCCGCCAGGCACGGCGGGCCUGGACCAGGAGGGCGAGGCGGGUCGGCGCGCACGCGAGGUGGCCUUCAUCCACAUCCAGCGCGAGCUGCGGCUGCGUGGCGUCUUCCUGCGCCACGAGUUCCCGCGCGUCUACGAACAGCUCUGCGAAUUCGUCGAGGCCAACCGGCGCUUUACUCCCACCACCAUCUACCCCACUGACCGGCGCACCGGCCGCCCCUUCAUGUGCAUGAUCAUGGCCGCUUCCGAGCCUCGCGCGCUCGAUUGGGUGGCCAGUGCCAACCUGCUCGACGACAUCAUGUGAACCGCGAGGGGCGCGCUAGUGCCCGGUCCAAUCCACCCAGGCCCCACCCAGUCCACCCUGGGCCCUCCCACCACUCUCAGGCCCCGCCCACUCCACCCAGGACCGCCCCGAGCCCCGCCCAAGACACUCAGGCCCCGCCCAGCCCACCCAGGGAUGCUCCGAGCCCUGCUCACCCCAUUCAGGCUCUGACGGGUCCACAAGGGCCCACGCCCCGCCCAACCCUCAGGCCCUGCCCAGUUCACCUAGGGUCCGCUCAGACCCGCCCCUGCUUCUCCCAAGCCCCUCCUCAAAUUCGCCCAGCCCCUGUCCUGCUCUCCAAGAGCUCCGCCCAGGUCGCACCCCGUUGUGUUCUCCACCCGCCGCGUCUUUCCCUCCUCCCCUCCUGCGUCUCCCGCACCAGUCCAGCCCUGCUACCCCUUUCCCAGCCCUCCCUCGGCCCUACCCAGAGUCUGGUCCUUGGCCACUUGGUGCUCCCCGCUGGGAGGCGGGGUGGGCCUGAGGACCGCCCAGCCCUGCCUUCAAGCGGAGGGGUCACUACUGCAGACCCCACCGCGCAGAUCCGGUUCGUCCGUCCCCUGUCGUCUGCAGGGCCUCCCUGGAACCUCUCCAACCCUGGUUUGCCCUGGUCCAAGGGCCCGAAUUGACCAAAGACUAGUCCUGUCCCCUUCAACCCCCGUGGUCUGGGAUGCGUCCUGCUCAGAGGCCUUUCCUCUUUGGCGAACACCCUGAUUGGUUUCGGUGUAUCCGUGUCCCCAGCGCGCCCUGCCUUGGUGGCGCGCGGUGCGUUCCGCUGAUCCCAGCUCCGGCUGGAGAGGAAAUAGCCGGCCCCCGAGCCCGCACGUUUUGCGUUGCUGCCCGCCUGCCUCUUCUCACCACAGGCCACCCUACAGGAGGGGCUGGGGUAAAAGGCAGGGGAGGAGUACUUCGAGGUCUUCGGCCCAGCCAGAGGGGAGGAGGACCCGGCCAGGGGAAACAAAGGGUGUGGGUGGGGGCGCAGGCCAGGCGCCAGCCCAAAGCUGAGAUCUGGCUGGGCGUGAGUCCAGCUGCCUGCCCACACCCGACAGGAUGGGCCGAGGCAGGUGCCAGGGCAGAGCGGGGCUGCAAACGGCAGCGCAAGCCCUAACCUCACAGUGAGGCAGGAAGCAGGUAGGGAGACACAGGGGAUUCCCAGUUGGGAGUGGGGCAGGAAAAGCGUGGUGGAAGCAGGUGCGGAAACGAAUUAGGGCAGGGGUCCACCCGAGGGGUGGGGGGAGCCAUUGCACAAACUGCCCCCGCCCGCGCGCGCGCGCGCUUGCUCUGGCAGUGCCCUGUGCUGCGAGCUGGAAACGCGAGGCCAGCGACCGACUCCGGCCCUCGGGAGCGCACGCUGGGGUGACACUCGGACCCGCCCUCCCCCGGGCUGCAUCUGGCCCCGGCCCGGACUCCAUGGAGGACAAGUGACCCUAAGAAGCGGCGAGGCUGGGCGCCCUCAAGGUGCCCUCCUGGAGCUCCCAGCACCCAGUUGGGGCCGGGAGUGGGCAUCAAUUGAAUUUGAGGGUCCUCAAAUUAAAUUGUGAACGCCUCCUUUUCCGGUUCUCCCCUGACUGUGCCCCCUAUACCUCCCUCCACCACACGCCUGCGCGCCCGCCUCGGCCCCGCGCGUCUGUGCCGGCCACACGCCCCGCUUGCCCCACUCGCCUUCAGCCCCACGCCUGAGGGCCGGCCGUCCUGGAAGAUCCCUGAACCGGGAUUGUUUCUAGAGGGCGAGCGCUUUUCAAACCAAGUAAAACAACUCGAAU